AUGGGUCGAGAAAAAACUAUGAAAUGCAUACAAAAUGAGAAAGCUCGCAAAUCAAUUUUCAUGCAAAGAAAUAAAGGAUUAACAAACAAAAUUUCUACCUUUUCUACCAUGUUUGGAGCUGAAAUUUGCUUAAUUAUGUAUAACGAUGAUUGUAAUGGUAUGCCAAUAACUUUUCCACAAGACACUACAGUUGUACAAUCCAUGGUUAAACAUUACAAGGAUCAUAAGAUUGAGACAACUCUGGAGGAAUUCGAUAUCAAAGACUAUUUUACAUAUAAGAAAAAUUUAAUCGAAGCUGAGAUUUCCAAGGUGCGUAAAGAGAUUUUCAAGAAAAAGUAUCCAAUUCAGGGCCCAAUUUUCCAUAAUAGUGAAGAGGAGAAAUCCAAAUCAUUUGUUGCUCUUGUAGAUUCCAAGAUUCAAACUUGUAAUCACAGAAUCAACAUGCUGAAAAAUAUGCAACAAAGGGAAACUAACUUCAUACAAAACAUGACUCAUGAGAGUAUUAUCCCCUCUCAUUCAUGCCAAGUUGAUAAAAUUUCUCAAAUGCAAUCUAUUGAUCCAAUAGAGUCACUUAAUGAUGACACAAGUGAAAUGGUAGAUUUCAAAGGUCUUGGAGAUUUGCCUCCAAUUUCUUCUACAAAUCAACUAAGUAAAAUUGUAACUUGGGAUGAUCUUUUAACAGAACUUAAGGAUGAUACUGACUUCAUACAAAAUAUUGUGCCAGACAUUUCAAAUGACAAUUUUAUUACCUCAUAUUCAAGCCAUGUUGAUGUAAUGCAUAGCAUUCCUCAAAUGGAAGUUAUCACGGAUCCUAUAAAACAACUUAAUGAUGACAUUAUUGAGAUGAUAGAUUUAACUUAUCUAAUGGUUGAACAUGAGGAAUGUGCUACUCAACUUGUUGAUUUGACUCCAAUUUCGACAACAACUCAACAUAGUAAACUUAUGAAAUGGAAUGAUCUAUUGGUUGAACAUACUACUCAAGACAAUACUACUCAGAUUGAUGAUUGGGGUAGUCAACUAGAUGAUUAUGUUGUGGAUUGGAUUAGUCAACCUGAUAUUUUUGCAUGGCAAGAUAUUUCAUUUUUGUAA